GUGGAAACAGCUCAUCUACACCAGUAUGGCAGUAUGAGGAGAAAGAAAAAAGAAUCUCACAUGAGGAGAAAGAAGUGCAAAUCCCAAUAAUGAACUCUACGUCUGUGUCUCUGUCUGUCAGAGAUUUUUAACCUCUCCUACACAUCUCUUCAAGAUUUCUUUUCUUGCCCAUUAUUCAUAUCUUUACCUUCGACACCAAGGUUAGAAAAUUUCCAGACGUUGAAAAUGUUCAUGGCUACUUUUUGUUAUCCAUCAUCAGCUUGUGUAUUUUCAGAGGUAAAAGCUCUUAUGGGGUUGUUCUGAAGUCUGAACUACCAUUCUCUUUGCUCCCACUGUUCUCUCCUCUCUCACAAACUCACAUGUUACAACCACCAUGUAGACCCUCUCCUCUCUCUCUCAGUUACACGACAUUCUCUUCCCUCAACCUUACACUACUCUUUCCGGGUUUGGUCUGUGCUAUCUUCAGUAACCCAUCUGCAUUCCUGUCUCUCUUUCCCUCUCUCUGCACCACCACCCAUCAAGAACCAAACUUUUAACUCAGCAAUCAAGAAAACAGAGUCUUAAAACUGUGAUUGUCAAAAGUAAACAUCCAAAACAGAGUCUUUUUUACUCUCUGUCUCUCUCUCUCUCUGUGUUUCUGUGUGGAACCUACCCGGCCAUUAAAGCACGGUUGUUCUUCUUCUCCCUCUCCCUCUCCCUCUGUCACAUAAUCAAAGCAGUCCCCACCAGCAACACUACAUUCCUUCCCGGCCUUUAACUUCAAGAGACCACAAUGCCCACCACCUCCCUCCUCCUCCUCCUCCUCCUCCUCACCCUCCUCUCCAUCACCACCACCACUAUCUCCACCUUCCCUCCCAACAAUCGCUACCACCACCGCCACCUCCUCCACCAACCCUUCUUCCCACUUAACUCCUUCCCUCCAACCCAACCCCCUUCCCCAUCUCCUAAUUCACAACCACAACAACAACCAAAGCUCCCUUCUUCUUCUUCUUCCUCCACCACCCAACCAAAACCGUUCUUUCCAUCCUUACCCUCCCCUCCACCCCCUCCCUCCCCAACCGCCCUCGCCACAUUCCCAGCCAACAUCUCCGACCUCCUCCUCCCCCGCCCCUCCUCCUCCGACUCUCACCGCCAUCUCAUUGGUAUCUCCGUCUCCGUUUCCCUCCUCAUCGCCUCCCUCUUCAUCGCCUUCUCUGCCUUCAUCUACUACCGCAAGCACGCCCCUAAUUUCUCCACCACCUCCACCGCCGACGACAAGACCUCUCGCGCCGAUAGCCUCCGCUUGUACUCCGAUGGAACCCUCAAGCCUCCUCCUCGCUCCGGCCCGUCCAACCAAAGCUCCGAGUUUCUCUACCUGGGUACAUUAGCUACUCCCCAUGGAAUCGACGACGGGGAAGCAGAGAAUUCGAGCAAUGCCGGAGUCUCGGCCUCCACCCAGUAUCAGAAACUGGGUUCGCCGGAGCUCAAGCCGCUUCCGCCGCUUCCGAAGCACAGUUUCAAGCAGAGUUAUGGAAGUGCUGGAGUGGGUUCAUCUGGGAAUGAGGAGGACGAUGAAGGAGAAGAAGAGUUUUUUUCUCCGAGAGGGUCUUCUGGCCGAAAAGAUAGUCCGGUUCGUAUCGGAUCGAGCUCCCGAAGAGUGUUCAAUGAUGAAAAUUUCGGAAGUAGAAGCUUCAAUUCGAGAACUGCGUCGUAUCCAUGUUCGGAUUCGGCCUCCCCAACUAUUUCUGUGUCGAAUUCUGCAUCCCCAGCUCUGAAUUUGAGUCCCACAAGCUUGAAAUCCAAAUCCCCCGACUCCGUGAUCGGUUUCCCGGCUCCGAUUCCGGUUCCAACUCGGCUGAUACCGACAACGCUCCCAUCGCUUUCUUCUUCAUCGUUUUUGUAUUCAUCAUCAUCAUCAGAGAGAGGCUCAGGGAGUACCCAGAAUUCGCCGGGGAGAAAUUCGGACGUUUCGGGGCAGAGUAAGCGAUCACCGGCGAGAAUCGAGUGUGUUCCGACAAAACUGCCUCCGCCACCACCUCCACCGCCUCCGCCGCCGAGAUUUUGGGAAGUUCCGACCACUCUUGGCCCGAACCGAGAGCCCAAUUCGGGGCCGCCUGUUCUUGUACCGCCUUCUAGGCCUGUUGUUUUGCAAAAUGUCGCACCAAUUUCGGCUGGUGAGCAAUUGCAGAGCAACGGAACUGUGGAGAGGAAUGAGGAUACUCCCAGACCAAAAUUGAAACCUUUACAUUGGGAUAAGGUUAGAGCGAGCUCGGAUCGAGCUACGGUGUGGGAUCAGAUGAAAUCUAGUUCUUUUCAACUGAAUGAGGAAAUGAUUGAGACACUGUUUAUGGUUAACAAUAAUAAUAAUAAUUUGAAUUCCACUUCGAAAGAUAAUGGCCGGCGUCUGGUUCUCCCUUUGCUGAACCAGGAGAGUCGGGUGCUUGAUCCGAAGAAGUCUCAGAACAUUGCAAUUUUGUUGAGGGCACUGAAUGUGACCAUUGAGGAAGUCUGUGAAGCUCUUUUGGAAGGCAACUCUGACGCAUUAGGGACAGAACUUCUUGAAAGUUUAUUGAAGAUGGCUCCUACCAAAGAAGAGGAACGUAAUCUAGCAGAGUUCAAAGAUGAAUCACCAUUUAAGCUAGGCCCAGCUGAGAAAUUUCUCAAGGCCAUGCUUGAUAUACCAUUUGCAUUUAAAAGGGUGGAUGCGAUGCUUUACAUUGCCAAUUUUGAUUCAGAAGUUGAAUACCUUCAAAGGUCUUUUGAAACUCUGGAGUCAGCUUGUGAAGAAUUGAGGAACAGCAGAAUGUUUCUGAAGCUUCUUGAAGCAGUCCUCAAAACUGGGAACCGCAUGAAUGUUGGCACCAACCGGGGUGAUGCCCAUGCAUUCAAGCUGGACACGCUCCUCAAGCUUGUUGAUGUUAAGGACACCAAUGGGAAAACCACUCUCUUGCAUUUUGUUGUUCAGGAAAUUAUUAGAGCUGAAGGUUCUCGUCUUUCUGGUACCAAUCAGAGUCAAAUGGCUGAGAAAAGUCAGCAGUCUACUUUCCAGGACGAAGCUGAGAAAAGUCAGCAGUCUGCUUUUCGGGAUGAAGUUGAAUAUAGAAAGCUUGGCUUGCAAGUUGUUUCAGGUUUGAGCGGGGAGCUCACCAAUGUAAAGAAAGCUGCAGCAAUGGAUUCAGAUGUGCUCAGCAGUGAAGUUUCAAAGCUUGCUGGAGGAAUCGCGAAAAUAUCUGAAGUUGUGAAAUUAAACGAAGAUAUCGCAUUGAAGCAGACUUGCCGAAAAUUUUCAUUGUCAAUGAAUGGGUUCUUGAAGAAGGCUGGGGAAGAGAUUGUUAGGAUACAAGCCCAGGAGAGAGGAGCUCUCUCACUGGUGAAGGAAAUAACGGAGUACUUUCAUGGGAACUCAGCUAAAGAGGAAGCUCAUCCAUUCCGGAUUUUCAUGGUGGUAAGGGAUUUUCUUUCUGUUCUCGACUGUGUAUGCAAGGAAGUAGGGAAAGCUAAUGAGAGAACCAUUGUCGGUUCAGCCCGUCAAUUUCCUAUGCCCGUGAAUCCAACCCUUGCGCCGGUAUUUCCUGUUUUUAAUGGAAGGCAGCAUGAUGGUUCCUCAGAUGAUGAAAGCUCACCCUCAUCAUAGCACUUGCAUUUCAUAUAGUCUCAUUGAUUUGCUAUGCCCGUGAAUCCAACCCUUCCACCGCUAUUUCCUGGAUUUAAUGGAAGGCAGCAUUAUGGAUGGUGGAAGUUCAUCCUCGUCAUGUCACUUGAUUUGGUAUAUAUAGUCCCGUUCUGUGCUUUUAUGGUGAACCUCACUGAAUGCAAGUUACAUAUUGGUGGCAUUUUCAGAUGCGCUUUUGGGUUGAGCUUGCUGAAUAUGAAGUAAUAUCAUUUGCUUUUGUGUGGCACCGUUCUUGUACUUAUAUAAUUAUAUAUAUACAUAUAUGCUCACAGAAUUUUGGAAUUGUCUAUCCUAUGUGUAAUAUAGAGGGAAUUGUCUGAAGAUAAUAAUGUUGUAUUGGUAGAGUAGUUGGAUUUAUCGUGUAAA